GUUCAAAGUUGAAAGUCAAAACAAUCACGAUUUGCACUGCCGCAGCAUGGCGACUCUGGCGUGCUGCAGAGGCGUCUCUCAGGUUUUCAGACCCGUGGUGGCCAAGUUUGGUGUCUGCAGCUUGCAGAAAGAUGCCCGGGCCUUGCGGCAUGUUGUCCGGCCAGAUGAGUGGCAGUGUAGCCACGGACAGGCUCGUCGUUACAGUUCAGAUGCCAAGUCGAUGGAUGACCUGAGCGUAAGGUAUUUGGAUGGAAGCGACUCAGGGAUUGUGGUGUUCGGGCUGAAUAGACCAAAGGCCAAAAAUGCCAUCAGCAGGAAUCUUGUGAAAAUGAUGUCCGAAGCUGUGGAUGCAGUGAAAACGAAUAAUAAAGUACGGACUGUGAUUGUGUGCAGUUUGGUGCCUGGAGUGUUUUGUGCAGGCGCCGACCUUAAGGAGAGGGCAAAAAUGCACCCCAGUGAAGUUGGACCUUUUGUCUCGAAAGCGAGAGCCCUGAUCACUGAGCUGGGAAACCUCCCGAUGCCGACGAUCGCAGCCAUAGAUGGGGCGGCGCUUGGAGGAGGGCUGGAGAUGGCUUUGGCCUGCGAUAUGAGAGUAGCGGCGACUUCAGCAAAAAUGGGCUUGGUUGAAACAAAGCUAGCUAUCAUUCCUGGGGCAGGAGGAACGCAGCGCCUCCCUCGGACCAUCGGGGUCUCCCUGGCCAAGGAGCUGAUCUUUGCUGGGCGGGUGGUGGAUGGAGCAGAAGCACAGAAUCUGGGCCUGGUUAAUCAUGCAGUGGAGCAGAAUGACAGUGGGGAUGCUGCCUACAGGAGAGCAUUGGACCUGGCUAGGGAAAUCAUCCCUCAGGGGCCCAUUGCCAUCAGAAUGGCCAAACUUGCUAUAAACCAGGGCAUUGAGGUUGACUUGGCAACAGGCUUAGCCAUAGAAGAAGCCUGCUAUGCACAGGUAAUACCGACAAAGGACAGAAUUGAAGGUCUCACAGCCUUCAAGGAGAAGAGGCCUCCUCGCUACAAGGGGGAGUAACCAGUGUAGCCUAGUUAGCCUAUCAGAGGCCAACGUCUUCAGUUCACACGUGUGCAUCCUGUUCCUGGCUCUCGGUUAAUGUCUUCGAAACUCACGCAUGUGACUCAUUCAGCGUCUGAUAAUGAUAAUAAUAAUAAUGUGCGUCCAACAUCUCUUGUUUCCAGUUGCCUUUUACCAGUCAUGCGUAUAGCUCCCUACCAGCUGCGCAUCUUCCAGAUGCUGUCAUCUUGCAGUAUGUAAAUGCCAGUGGCUGGGCUUUUAUAUUACAGAUGACAUCAGUGCUCUUAUUUAUGAUGACAUCAGUGCUCUUAUAAUAAUACUAAUAAAUUAACAUGAUGCAGAGUAAAUGGACAUGCCCCCCAAAACAAAGUGUUUCUCAUGAGGCUUUGGCAGUCCUCGCUUAUGCUGGGGAACACGCUUUGGUACUAAUCACGCUUAAUGUAGAAACCUGUUUUACCACUUUUUGUGCAUCUAAUAGCAUAGAAAUGCUACAAGGACGGUGUUUAGAGUGAAAGGCAGGAAAUCUCUGACAGUAAAGGUCCAUUCCAGUCUCACAGCUAAUUAUCCUCAGAGGCAGCGAGUGUUCCACCUCGCCACGCUAACAGCCGAAAGCAGCUAAUUGAAAUGUAUGAUUUCUGUAAAGGAAGUUGCCAUUCGCUUCCUGUGUCCUGUGUGUCUCUCGAAGCUCUUCGAAGGUGUCGACUUGCUGGCGUCCUUCAUGGGUCCGCUUCGCAUUCCUGGAAAAUGCCAGCCCAUGCCGUUUCACUGCCCAUUCUGUUACGCAUUCACUGACUGUCGAUUGUGAACUUCCUGGAGUUAAACAUUAAACUGUUACCCCUUGAAA